UUCUGAAAGUACUCUUUAAGGCACAACAUAAAUUAAAAAAAUAAAAGAGGGCCGGAUGUAUGAGAGGAGGGGGACAGAUGAUUCAUCUGAGCAAGGAAGGAAAAAUGUGAAAUUCACAUUUCACACUGUGAAUGCAGUCUCUACAAUCCAGUUGCAGAUCUGGCUGGAGACUGCUCCCAGACUCAGUUGGGAAGCAGGGAGUGGAGAGAGCCUGGAGUGCCCGGAGAGGGAGAUCUCCGUCUCCCGCCGGGACUUGGCACAUGGGGGAAGAAAAGGACAUAUGUUUCAAUGCAACAUUGUGUUGCUUUCCAGACAGCUGAUGUGCAAGUCCCAUCCUGUCAAACCGAGAUCCAGCCCGCCCCCCUCUCCUCCUCCUUCCCAGGCGCUUGGCUGUUUUGCCCAGCCCCUGGUGACUGAAGCCCCGUCCUUCCUGCUGCGGGCUGUCUCCCCCACGCAUCCCCAGAGCGGGCAGGCGCCCCCCGGCCAGCGGGAGGCUCGGGGGCGGGCUGCUGCCUCCCCGGCGGGAGGGAAGCCUGCUCAGCUGACGCCUGGCUGCUUGCAUCGCGGGGCCAAGCUGUUUUUCUUUUCCGGUCGCCUGGAUCCGCUGUCCCCGCCUCCUCGCGCGCUGUCUCCUCUCCCCAACCCCCCAGUCUGGAGGUUGGAUGGUAUGCUCCGCACGUGAGCUGGGUGCUGGUCUGGCUGGCGACGCGCGUGCCCUGUGGCCAAACACUAAGCAGCGAGUGCGAAGUACCAGCCCGGAGUGCGGCUGGGAGCGGGAGGGAGGAGGGCAGCGCACAGCUUCCCGCUUUCCCCGCCGCGCAGGAGGGACUGAGGCUGCAUGUGCACGGUUUGGCCCCGCAGCCUCGCAGCACCCCGCGGCAGCGCCAGCCCUAACCCAGCCGCGGUCCGACAUGGAUGAAGGACUGGUGCGCCUGCAAGAGAGGCAGUUGCUGGAGCACAGGGAUUUUCUAGGGUUGGACUACCCAUCUCUCUAUAUGUGCAAGCCCAAAAGAGGCAUGAAGAGGGAUGAGAGCAAGGAAACAUACAAACUGCCCCACCGAUUGAUAGAGAAGAAGAGACGGGACAGAAUUAACGAGUGCAUUGCUCAGCUGAAAGAUUUAUUGCCCGAGCAUCUGAAAUUGACUACUCUGGGGCACCUGGAGAAAGCUGUCGUGUUGGAAUUAACUUUGAAACACUUGAAAGCUUUAACGGCCUUGACGGAGCAGCAGCAUCAGAAGAUCCUCGCCUUGCAGACCGGGGAGCGGCCGCCCAAGUCCGCGGCGCAGGCCGACCUGGACGCGUUCCACUCGGGCUUCCAGACGUGCGCCAAGGAGGUGCUGCACUACCUGUCGCGCUUCGAGAGCUGGGCGGCGCGGGAGCAGCGCUGCACCCAGCUGCUCAGCCACCUGCACGCCGUGUCCACGCAGUUCCUGCCCGGCCCCGCGCCGCCGCCCGCCGCACCCCGCGGCCCGUCGCCGCCGCCGCGCUCGCCGGCUGGGCAGGUGCCGCCGCCACAGCCCCGCUGCGUGCCCGUCAUCCAGCGGACUCACGCGGCCGAGCUGAGCGACACCGACACGGACAGCGGUUACGGCGGCGACAGCGAGGCGAGGCCCGAACGCCGCGCCGGCGUCCACGUCAAGCAGGAGCCAGCGGCAGACGAGCCGCCGCCCGCCAAGCGCCUCAAGGCCGAGGGCGGCGGCCCCGGCGCGGAGCCCGCGGCCGCGCUGCUGCGCCCCGACGCCGCGCUGCUGGGCUCGCUCAUGGCGCUGGGCGGCGGCGCCGGGGGCCCGCUGGGGCCGGCGGCCGCGCCCCUCUGCCUGCCCUUCUACUUUCUGUCGCCCUCGGCCGCCGCCGCCUACGUGCAGCCCUUCCUGGACAAGGGCCUGGACAAGUACGUGUACCCCGCCGCCCCGCUGCCGCUGCAGCUGCUCUACCCCGGCCUCCCUGCCGCCGCUGCCGCCUUCCCCUGCCUCUCCUCGGCGCUCGGCCCGGCCGACAAGGCGGGCGCCGCCGCGCUGCUGCCGCCCUUCGCCCCCGGGCCCGGCGCCGACACGGACCUCGCCUCGCGGGACAAGCCCGCCCGGGACAGCCCCUGAGGGCCGCGGCCGCGGCGGGGGAGGCAGCCGCAGCCCUCCUGGCACAUGCCCCGAGCAGCCCUUGCCCCCCAGGUUACAGAAGGCAAACACACACACACACAUGCAUGCACACACACACACACGUGCACACGUUUGUGUCUAUGGGCACAUGUGCAUGGUGCCAACAUAUGCAUACACCCACCUAUGCAUUGCAUACACACCCACACUGGUGCACACAUACAUGCACAUGUGUGUGCACGCACACCCCCCCACACACCCCCUCUAAGUUGGUUGUUUCUUUUUUGUCCCCAUCUCUUUCUUUUUGGUGUUUAUUCCUGACCUCCCCAUCUCCCCCCACCUUCCUCUGCUGUAAAAGCCCCUUUGCAUUGACAGGCAAGGUUAGACGAACACAGCUACAACCAACGCUUUGCAUUCCUCCUUUCAGACUGCAGUGGAACCAAGAGCAACUUGCUUAAGCCUUGAACUUUUCUCUCUACCUUCGAAUCCUAAGUGUCAAGCAGAGGCUGGGGGGGGGGGUGGAAACAGGUGGGCCAAAGGGAGCAGGCAUCUCCCCCUGGUGCAGUGGAGCAGGGUGUGGGGAGGGCAGGGCCGAGGGCAAAGAGGCCACAUGAUGGCCACUUCGGAAAUGCAAACUCCUAAUAAUAAAAAAGUGAUGGGAAUCGGCAAAGAUCAGACUGUGUCCAGGUCUGGGUGGGAGAGAGCUUUCCCUUUGAGGCCUCUCAUGCUGCAAAGGAUUAAAUUUGCUACUCAGUUUUUUUUUAAUGUUUGGCUUUAUAAAUGCACAGGUAUGUUUUAAAAAAAAGAAAAGGAAAAAAUAUAGUACGGAGACAUUAUACAUUUCCCCCCCCCCCCCAAAGUAAAUUAAACGUUGCACCUUAUUUUGAACUGGUUUUCGAUAGUAGUGUCUCUAAGUUCCACUUGGUAACUUGCACUUGUUUAGAGAGCCCUGUAUUAGUGCUUUGUCCGGGAUAAGGGGGAGGAGGAGGAGGUGGAAGGAGGUUUUAGUACCCAUGCAAGCACUUUAUUGAGAAAUGGACUAUGAAUGAAUUAACCUUGAGCCCAAUCUUUCAGUGCCUUGUGCACCUCCAGUUGCCAUUGGCUUCAGUGAGAGUUUUGGGUAUGCAAGGGAAAGAGGAUCAGAUCCAUUACAUAAUUUCUUUAGCUAAGGUCUGGUGGUAUGGCAAGUGCAUUUGUUCUCCCCUGCCCCCACGUCCUUAUUUAAUUCAUUCUGUCCCUGAGUUUUUCUAACCUUACUGUAUAAAAUGAAUGUUUCUGCACUGAACUAAAAAAAAAGCCCUGAACUAAUUUUAUCCUUAAUUAUGGAUUAUUAAAAAAAAAAAAAACAACCCAAAAAACUAGAGGAAAUAAUUAAACAUGUCUGAUUUUAAUUAGAAAUGCUUAUAAGAAUUGGGAUAAGGUCCCAUGUGGUUUUUCUAUUUCCAAAUAUCAUGAUUUCCUUUUCUGGGGCUAUAGUAGGCACCAGAUAAUCACACAGAUAAAGCUUUUUUAAUAAGGCUUAAACCAAGACCUUGCCUAGAUAUUUUUAGUUUGUUGCCAAGGUAGCACUGUGAGAAAUCUCACUUGAAUGUUAUGUAAGAGGUGAGACACAACAGUCUGACUAUGGGUGAAUAAGUAUCCUGGGUCUGUUAGUCAGUUUGGUGCAUUUGCUGCUGCUGUUGCUACUGUUUGCCUCAAACGCUGUGUUUAAACAACGUUAAAAAAUCUUACUAGCCUACAGAGUGGCUGUAUGUAAAUAGUUGUUAAUACAUCCAAUUAAUGAUGUCUGACAUGCUAUUUUUGUAGGGAGAAAAUAUGUGUUAAUGAUAUUUUGAGUUAAAUAUCUUUGGGGACGAUUUGCUGAAAAAGUUGCACUUUUGUUACAAUGCUUACGCUUGGUACAAGCUUAUGCUGUCUUAAAUUAUUUAAAAAAAAUAAAUACUGUCUGCAAGAAACCAGCUGUUUUAGAACAGUUUUUAGUAUGUGAUAUAUUAGAAAUCAAUCUUUAUAUUCAGUAUUUCCAGCAGUCCAUGAAUUCUAUUAUCUAAAUAUUUCCACGCUAUUUUGUGAUUUUAAAAAAAAAAUUCUUACUAAGGAAUAAAAAGUUUAAUACACAA